AUGCUGGAUAACAGACCUAUACCGGCAGAUCCAAACGAAUGGCGUUGUGAAGAUGUGGGAAAUUGGCUGAAAAAAAUUGGAAUGGCAAAGUAUGCAGAUUUGAUUGCAAUGAAACAUAAAGUGGACGGCAAGUGUCUCCUCGCACUCACAGACACAGAUUUAAAGGACCCUCCAGUCUCCAUUAACUGUCUGGGUGACAUCAAGAAAAUCUUAUUUGCAAUCGAAUUUUUGAGCCAGAAAGUUGUGGAAAUUGGAAACUCGGGAGUUCACCACCGUUCUACACCCAAUGGGAAUGGACCGUCGUUGAAAAACAGCAAAGAUGGACUGUUAGUCGAGUACAAUGAGCAGAACCAUUUGUCAAUUUCCGGAGAGGAUGUGUACACAACGACUCGCAGAGCAGAAAUCGUGGAAGAUGAGGAAACACUUUUGGAUACGCUGGCCAAGUCGUCAGAUGGCACAUCAACAGUGCAACUGAUAUCCAGAGAGGAAAUCAUUCGACAAGUCGAGAGACCCGACACAUAUUUCAAGUCGGUCGCCAAGCUGCUCAUUGCGUUUGCCUACUCAUCGCUUUCAUUUCUGAUGACGUCAUUUGUCAUGGUCCUCGUGCACGACAGAGUUCCAGACACCAAAACAUAUCCUCCACUUCCCGAUAUUGUUCUGGACAAUGUCCCACACAUUCCGUGGGCUUUCGACAUGUGUGAGACGAUUGGGCUAGUGCUUGCGGUUGUCUGGUUUACUGUGCUCUUUUUCCACAAUCAGAGAGUAAUUGUGGCUCGGAGAAUGUUUUCGCUUCUCGGAACAGUUUUCCUGCUCCGUUGCUUCACCAUGCUCAUCACGUCUCUCUCGGUACCUGGGAUUCAUCUUCAAUGCGAAGCCAGGCCAAACACUACAAUGCAGGAAAAGCUACACAAAGCAUUCCACAUUUGGAGCAACCUUGGAAUGUCACUUCACGGAGUUCGUAGUUGUGGAGACUACAUGUUCAGUGGUCACACUACAGUGAUCACGAUGAUUUCUCAUUUUAUCACAGAAUAUACCCCUGCAGAUUGGACUGGCCUUCACACAUUCACUUGGGUUCUCAAUUGUUUUGCCAUUUUCCUCAUUCUUGCAGCCCAUGAGCACUAUAGUAUUGAUGUUUUUAUUGCAUUUUACAUCAGCUCUCGCAUGUUUUUGUAUUACCACGCCUAUGCCUACAACCACGCUGGUAUCACUGCAACGGAUUAUAGGAUGAGGACCUGGUUCCCGCUCGGGUGGUUCUUUGAAUAUGGAUCGCAAGGAAAAGUUGAAAAUGAGUUCAGUCUUCCAAUCAACAUCAGAAUUCCUCGCCGUGUGUUCUUUGCUAAAUCGGAGGAACCGAAGAUAACUCCAAAGUCUGAUAGUAGUCGGAAAAGGUCAUCCGUGGUGGCUGCCAAGCAAAAUGGGAAUAGCAAAAAUCAUACCAAAAAGCACAAUUAGAAAAGCCUCGCCUAGUUUAUUUUCUUGUUGAAUUACGUUUUUCCCUUUUUCCCCAUAAUUCCUUUGACAAUCUCGGGUUAUUAGAAUGUUUUGCUCUUUCUCACAAAAAUCUUUACGGUUUAUGGGUACUUCUUUCCACUCUCGCUUCAUUUUUUUGUUACAAAUCAUCACACCCCCCAUAUUCAAAUUGCUCCAUCCCGGCUGAUCUUUAUCGAUUAAUCAUCAUCCAAGACCACUUUGUUUUAUGCACAUUUUAUUUAGUCAAUAAAUUAUGGAUUGCACUC